ACCGCCUUUGCCUGGAGACGCGUGAGGCAGGUCAGUGAGGGCUGGACCUUUGUUCAGGGUCGGAGAGCACACAUUAUUUAUUCAUGCUCAUGUUUUUGACAGAGUGCCUAAUUGCACCAGGUGGAGCCCAAUUAUCCACUGCAGUCUGCACAGCACUCACCCGCUCAGACACUGGCCCGCGGAUCACAUGUCAGACAUGGUUGACGCUGAGCAUCUUAUUUACCUCUGUGACACUCAGGUUCAGCUGGACAAGUUGGCUCAUCGUAACCUGGCAGAAUGUUAAAUAUAAAGAAGUUACAUGUGGACCAAAGGAAAUAAUUUACUUUGGCAAAUAUUUUAAAUUUCCUAUCAUGGCAGAUCAAGAUGAGUCGAGCGACACUGUGAAAGAUGUCUCUGAGAACGAGGAGAGCUCCAUCUCGCUUCAGGAUCUGAAUGAGAAAGACAAAGAACCACUGUGCUGUGAGCCACCACCUUAUUUAUCUGCACCUUCCAUCGCCUCUGCAUUAUCAGAUGACACCUUCCUGAUGGCAGCAGCCAUAUUCCAACACCUGCGGGAGGACAAGCCAAUCACACAACAACUUCUGGUUUAUGGAAAAAAGACAGACACAGCUCUGCCAUCCAACACAGACAAGACCACAGAGAUGCAGGCUUAUCAGCUGGCCUUCAGCACACUCAAAUAUCAAGAGUUGCUGGAGUAUAUGAUAACUGACAGCUGCGUCCACACUUCUCAGAAUAUCUCUGGUGACAUGCUGCCUCUGGCCAUGGUAAUGUUGUGUGACUUCCAGGAGCGAAAGUUUUCACUACACAGUUCCAUAACCAAAGAUGACGAAGAGGAACAUCAUCAGGACGUUAGGGAUCUUCGUAACAGUUUGGAAAGGUGUAAGACAAAACUUGCAGCCUCGUUGGCACGGUUCCGGGUCAAACAGAGUCUACGCAGUGUCUCAUCCUUCCUACUUGAUCCAGUUCGGACAAGGCAACAUCAAGCUAAAUCACUGCCACUUUAUGUAUGGAUUAACACACUCAUGUACAGUACUGAAGAAGUUUGUGAAGUUUUGCAAAGCGCUGGCCUUCGUGAGGUGAAGAGUAUGACUGAACUUAAAGAGCUGUCCUUCUGUAGAGACCACCUCUGCUCAGACACCCUUGUUUUUUCAAAGGAGCUUCAUGUUUGGCUCCAGACUAGUAGCCUCACAGCAGCGCGUAUCAUGAACAUACAGGAAAGGAGUUUGUGUGUGGCAGUGAAUGUGUUGCGCCCCCUGCUGUUUGAUGGAGGGGACGUGUUGGUGGCAGGGUCCUUCUCAGCGGUGACUGUGGCCCAUGUAGCAGUCGCCGCCACAGCCCGGUCAGGACAGGUGUUAAUAUGCAGUGCUGACCAUGAACCUUCACAGACAGAAGAGAUGAAAGAACUCUUCACACAAAUGGACUUGCAAAAUGUUAGAAUACUUUCAGAGUCCUUCUUUGAGCUGAAUGAGUGGGAAAAAACUGUGCAACAUUUAAAGGUCAUCCUUGUACUACCUCAGUGCUCGUCCUCUGCUCUUAAUGAUCCAGUGCCCAUCAUGCAUAGCGAAAAUGGAGAUUGGGAACUUCUCACAGACCUGUCACAUGGAUUGGUAUCAAAAUCCAAAAUAAACUCACUGAUUGGUCAGCAAGCAUUACUGCUGGGACAUGCUUUAUCAUUCCCCAAGGUCCAGACUGUGGUCUAUUGCACACGCUCAGAAUACCCUGAGGAAAACGCACAGCUGGUGAAGAGAGUUUUAGAGAAAACCCGCAUUCAUCCCAAACUGCUUCCCUUCAGGGUGAAUGGACCUAUUUUCCCAGAAGAUUCGCAGUCAGAAGACACUGCUGAGUCCAAGUAUUUCAGCCUUCAACCCUCCCAGUUCACCAACGGCUGUUUCAUAGCCAGACUCUCCCGACAGGCUGAUCCCACUAAAGUAGAAACAGUCCAGGAUGUAUUGGCAAGGGCAGCGGCGAAGGGCCUCUUGGGUGGAAUACUCCCAGAGCAAUCUAAACGCAGCAAGAAGGCAAAAGGGAAGAAAAGUCAACAAGCUGGCAGCCACAGCGAGCAGGAAGCAGACGAUGAAGAUGACCAAGGUGAGGAAGACGAGGAGGAGAACGACAAGAGCGGUAAAGUCGGGAAGAAGAAGAAGAAGGGUGGGAAAGGACAUAAAGCUAAUUCCAAGUCAACAAAAAGUCAAUCGAAAGGUGGGAAGAAGAAAGUCAAGAAGAAAAAAGUGAACCAGGGCAAAAAAAAGCCUCGGCGAAUACCUCGUCUGACACUUUCACUGAUGUCCUCUGCUAAAGCCUCAGCGCGCUUGUCUCUCAUCACCCCCCUCGUGAAGAAGCUCAAAGACAAUGCAGGCCUGAUUACGACGUCUUCGGAGACGUCCUCGGGAUCGUCCACACCUGCCAGAAAACUGCCUCCUUCUGCCGGCCCCGCUCCACGAACUGAAGCAGCGCAGAAACAGCUGGGUAAAACUGGAGUCGAUGAAGAGGAAGAAGGUGAAGUAAAAGUCAUGCCUCGUGUUGAAAGGCAAGGAGGUCUACGAAAAGAUCAGGUGAGGGCCAAGAAAGUGGUCGGAUCUGUGGACUCUGAGCCUCCUCACGAGUUUUCAAGCAGCUCUGUAAGUAUCAAGAGUGAUACUUCUCUUUCUGCUCAGGAAAGUUGAAGCACCACACUACAAAUUAUGGUUAUGGUUGUUA